AAAUUGUGAAUCGACAUUGUUGAUAUACCACAAGAUAUCAAUACUACUAGGUUGAACCCAAUAAAAUGCCCCCAUGUUCUUAAGUCUAAUUCUUAUAUUAUCCCCUUCUGAUAUCAAUCCAUCCGAUGUCCCAUUUAUGUCUAAGUGCUUCUUCUAGCUUGUGUAUGAACACAUGGAUAUCCUAUGAUGAAUUUUCAGCUUGUGUUAUUUGUUAUUGCUAUGCAUUAGAUAUUGUUGUCAAAUCCUUAUCUAUUUGUUAUCUAAAUUAUUCUAAUUUGUAUUGGUAUCCCAUCCCAUAUGGCAUCUAUGGAUUAUGUCUUCCAAUAUUUAUUGGCCUUUAUUUAUGAUGAUUUUACUUCUUCAAGAAAAAGGUAUGUGUUAUGUUGCAAGUGAUGUCCUUUAUCCUUCUCAAAUGUUUCCAAUUAUUUAUGCCAUAUUUAGAAUGUAGAGAAAAUAGAGGAAUUCCACAUGAAUCAAUUCAAUUCACACAUGCAUGAUUCAAGAAAAAUAUACCUUGUUUCUAACGGCAGGGUGCUAUAUAUACAACUUAAGUUUAUUAUAGUUCAUUUUAGUAUGUGCUUGAGUUAUACUUAGUUUGUUUGGCUAAACUUAGCUCAAUAUACCCAUGCAUUAGAAAUAAUUUAGUUCUUGUUAUAUAUGUCUAGUAAAACCAAGUUAAAAUGUGGAUCAAGAAAGAUUAUGAAAUAAGUUUUAUAAAUAAGUUCAACAUCAUUAUUGAAUACUCAAAAAAGAAAGGGAAAGGCAAAAAGGAAAAGGGCAAACAAACUAAUGAACAUUACCCAAUUUCAUGGACUUCUUGAUUUGGAAGCACAUGUGCCUUUACACGUUAAAUAAGACACUAUGUGACAAUGCGACAAAGCCAAUCUGAUUUGCUUUACUCGCAUAAAGAGAUGUUGUAUAUAAUAAUAAACACACUGAUCUCGAUCAUCCUCAUUGCAAAUCACAUUAGCUAAGGCAAAAACCUUACCUACCUAGUCAUCCCUACCAACCACAACAUGGAUAUAUACGAAAUCUCUCUCACAAAAGAGUCUCCUAUAAAUUAAAAGGAAGGGUCUAGAUGUCAGUUAAAGAAAUGCAAACAAACAAAAGUAUAUACAGUUUUGAAAGUAAAGUACAAAUGGGACAAAAAGGUCCUACUCAUUUCAAUAUGUAAAAAUCAAGCACCUACAUCACUAUAAAUGCAUCCAUCCCUCCCCAUAUCAAUACACCCAUCACCAUAACCCUCUCACAUCCUUCAUCAUGCAUUAGGACAUAUAGCCCUAUAUAUGCACAACAUUCAUACCAAUUAAUGUUUAGUUUCUAACAUGCAUCUAGCCUAGCAUUUUUCUUCUUCUUCUUCUUCUUCUUCUUCUUCUUCUUCUUCUUCUUCUUCUUCUUCUUCUUCUUCUUCUUCUUCUUCUUCUUCUUCUUCAAAGCACAUUGCAAACACAGGCUUAGCUUGCAUAUAUACAUUUUUUUGUGGCCAUGGCUAUGCAUCAUAUGCAUGAUGUUUUUGCACAGACGACGAGCAUCAUCGGCCAUGAAGAAGAAGAAGUAACCAUUGACCCGACCAAGUGGGGCGCAUGGGCUCAUCGUGGCCACCGUCUCUGGGCAUCCAUGUCGGAGGAUUUCUGGAUACACGUCUACAAGGUGCAGCGGUGCCCGCGGUCGUCCAGCCACGACUGGACGUCGUGCCCCUACGCGCACAAGGGCGAGCGCGCGCGGCGGCGCGACACGCGGCGCUUCGCGUACGCCGCCGUGUCGUGCCCGGACUACCGCCCGCGCGAGGCGGCGCCGGGCGCCGUGCCCAGCUGCGCCCACGGCCUCCGUUGCCGCUACGCCCAUGGUGUCUUCGAGCUAUGGCUGCACCCGUCCCGCUUCCGCACGCGCAUGUGCUCCGCCGGCACGCGGUGCCCUCGCCGGAUCUGCUUCUUUGCCCACUCCGCCGCCGAGCUUAGGGACGAUCCCAACUCCAUUGCGUCAGCCAUCCUCACACCGAUGCCAAUGCCGAUGCCGAUGUCGAUACCGAUGCGGACUCCUGAUGCUGAUCAUCAUCCCAGGGUUUCUGCUAUGCGUGAUCAGCUUGAUCUAAUCGAAGAGGCCAUGAGAAAUAGGCUUCGCUUGUAUUCUAAUGCUAAUGCUAAUGCUAAUGUUGGUUCUUCUUCUGCUACCGCUGUUGCUACCACCACCAUACCGGUGUCAACAUUGGCAAAUGGUGAGGGUUCAACUGGAAAAAGGUGUGGUUGCCGCCGUUGUGUGGAGGAGGAAGACGCUUUGCUCAAUGGCUACCCACAUUAUGAUCUCAUCAUGGACUUGGUGGAUGAAUAGAUGGGUGUGUUACAUACUCUUUUGCGAUGCAUUUGAAGGAGAUGACACAAGCUCGCAAAUUGCCAAAAUGGAGAAACUUGAGCGAUUUGGGAUGCUUUAAAAGUUGACACCCUAUACAUAUGGUGCUGGAUCAUGUAUCAUAUUUAUGCCAAUUUUUACUAGAAAAGUGUAUGCGUGUGCAUGCAUAUAUAAAAAUAUUUAUGAUAUUGUCGUCGGGCUAGCUCCGAGCCUAUAUAUCAAGUGGUAUCAUUUUCUUUACAAAUAUUUAUUUGGAAAAUUUAUGCUCUUUUUAUUUU